AUAACCCCAUUAACACAUUAUUCGAGAAAAAUGGAAUCAGCCAAUCACUCUCAUUUCCUCCAUAUAUAUCUACCUAUCUAUCUACAAAUAGUUACUUUGUUCUUUUCCUCACCCUCAAGAUCCACCUCGAUCCUCUCUCCUCCGUCUCACAAUCAGCUAAAAAUGAGAGAAGAUAAUCCAAACUGGUUCCUCAGAUGGGAAGAGGAGCUUCCUUCACCUGAAGAACUUAUCCCUAUUUCUCAAACCUUGAUCACUCCUCAUCUAGCUCUCGCUUUCCAAAUCGGAAGCCCUAACCAUCAUCUCGGACCGAAGAGAGCCACCGUUGUCUACCACCACCAGAAGCUUCAACCACCCACCACUCCAACAACUCCAACUCCAACUCCUCCUCCUCCUCAACCAAUGAUGGUGAUGAAUUCUGACUUCGGCGGUGGCGAUUCGACGGAUCUUGGUUCAGGAUCGAUAGGAGGAGAGCCAGCAAGAACGUUAAAACGGCCGCGUUUAGUGUGGACGCCUCAGCUACACAAACGUUUCGUAGACGCUGUUGGACAUUUAGGGAUCAAGAACGCAGUUCCAAAGACGAUAAUGCAGCUAAUGAGCGUCGAAGGGUUGACUAGAGAGAACGUCGCGAGUCAUCUUCAGAAAUAUCGUCUCUACCUUAGGAGAAUGCAAGGCGGGAACAGUAACGGCAUCUCCGGUGGACAUGUCAUCGUCUCCGAUUCAGCAACCGACCGUUUGUUCGCCAGCUCCCCGGUUCCGGCGCAUUUCUUGACCUCUCAUGAGUACUUGAUGCCGCCAUUAGAGCAUCCGUAUAUGGGGAAGCAUGUCAUCACUCAGCAAAACCAAAUGGUUCGUCAUCUCAAGUAUGAAGAUUCCGAAUAUGGUAAUGGAGAUGGUGGUGGUAGGAAGAUUCUUAAGCUCUUCCCUGCGGGAAAUUAAUGAAAUAUUCUUCACUUCAUUUUUAUGGAAGUAAUAAUGUUAAAAGGUAUAUGUGGAUUAUCUUGUGUAAUUUGCAUUUUUCGUCAAACUUAAUAAUGUAUUGUUAGUGUAUAUUCUUUUUCGUCUACACCAACAAUUUAACUUUUGUACGAUGAAUUAUCAUAUUUGUAUUCACUUCUCAA